ACACACACUUGAUUUCACUUUAAAAACCCACCCUUCCUCUGCUACAAAAACAGAGUUUCUUUCAAACACACACACACACACACAAAAGGCAUCUUUUCUUCUGCUUCCAUUCCUCCAAAAUGGCUUCUCUCAACGACGACGCCAAUAACCCACUCCACCGCUGCCUCGUCGUGAUCGUGGGCGCCGGGCCCUCGGGCCUCGCCGUGGCCGCAUGCCUGCAGCGGAACGGCGUUCCAUCCCUCAUUCUCGAACGAAGCUCCUGCCUAGCCUCGCUGUGGCGCGACCGAACCUACGACAGGCUCAAACUCCACCUCCCGAAGCACCUCUGCCACCUCCCGUUCCUCGAUUUCCCGCGCCAUUUCCCCACGUACCCGACCAAGGAUCAGUUCGUCGAGUACGUGGAGUCCUACGCCCGCCACUUCUCGAUCGGCCCCAGGUUCGGGCAGACCGUGGUGCGGGCGGAGUUCGACCCCGCGGUCGGGCUUUGGAGGGUCCAGAGCCAGGACCGCCUCUACGUUAGCAGCUUCCUCGUAGUUGCUAGCGGAGAGAACGUCGAGCCCGUGAUGCCUGACAUCACGGGCUUCGAGACCUUCUCGGGGCCCAUCAUUCAUACGUGCGCGUAUAAAUCGGGCCUCGAGUUCCGCAACCGGAGGGUUUUGGUUGUGGGCUGUGGGAAUUCUGGCAUGGAAGUUAGCUUAGAUCUUUGCAGAUACAAUGCAAUUCCUCACAUGGUGGUCAGAAACUCUGUUCAUAUUCUACCGAGGGAUAUAUUGGGAAUUUCAACAUUUGCAUUAGCUAUGGCUCUUCUAAAAUGGUUGCCCUUGAGAUUAGUGGACAAGUUGCUACUUGUGUUGGCCACCUUCACAUUGGGUGACACUGAGGCUUUCGGGCUCCCGCGCCCGAAAACUGGGCCGAUCGGGCUCAAGAACGCCACCGGGAAGACCCCGGUGCUAGAUGUCGGAGCAUUUUCCCACAUUAAAUCAGGCAAGAUUAAGGUGAUGAAAGGUGUGAGAGAGAUAACAAAAAGGGGAGCCAAAUUCAUGGAUGGUCAAGAAAAGGAAUUUGAUUCUAUAAUUUUGGCAACGGGGUACAAGAGCAAUGUGCCUACUUGGCUCAAGGGCAGUGAUUUCUUCACAGAAGAUGGAAAGCCAAAGGCCUCUUUUGGAGAUGGUUGGAGAGGCAAGAAUGGGUUAUAUGUUGUAGGCUUUACGAGGCAAGGCAUUCUUGGAACAUCAUCGGAUGCACUCAAAAUUGCUGCAGAUAUUGCUCAUAAACUUAGGAUUAUCAAAAGCAGCAGUCAAAAUUAGAGAUAAAAAAUUGGAGAAAAUAUCGUUUUUUUGUUGGUGGGGAGAAUGUGCAAAUAAUCAUCUUUUUUUUUUUUUUUUAGAAUUUUGAGGAAUUUUCUUUUGUUUGGUUUAAUUUCACAUAUCCUUAUUGGUAAUCUUAUUAUG